UUUCUUAUUUGGAAUGCAAAUACCUAACUAAAUACUAAUAAAAUUCUUUGUUGACAGCAAUCUAUGCUUCACAGUAGUAUAUAUUUUGUAUAUCGAAGUCCUAGAUAGGAAAGUAGAGUAGGCACAGAUCCUCCACAAAAGGCAAAAUGUAUAUGAAAAAAAGAUUGAUUGAACUUUCCAACGGACUCAUUCCAUGAGUAAACGAUUGAAUGGGAUUCGCUUGGGCAACGAAAUCAAGUCCUGGUCCCCUUUUCUCUCUUAUUGAAUUAACUAAUUCAUUUCCUUUUUACUUUUGGAUUUUUUUUGAUUUGAUUUGGCAUUAUUCAACAAUAAAAAAAGAAAAAUUUCGACAAAUUCCUUUUUUUUAAUUAUGUGAUAAUUAUGAGAACCAAUCCUACUACUUCUCGUCCCGGGGUUUCCACAAGUGAAGAAAAAAGUACAGGUCGUAUCGAUCAAAUUAUUGGACCCGUGCUGGAUGUCACUUUUCCCCCGGGCAAGUUACCUUAUAUUUAUAACGCUUUAGUAGUCCAGAGUAGAGACACUGCCGAUAAGCAAAUUAAUGUGACUUGUGAGGUACAACAAUUAUUAGGAAAUAAUCGAGUUAGAGCUGUAGCUAUGAGUGCUACGGACGGGUUGAUGAGAGGAAUGGAAGUGAUUGACACGGGAGCUCCUCUCAGUGUUCCGGUCGGUGGAGCUACUCUCGGACGAAUUUUCAACGUUCUUGGGGAGCCUGUUGACAAUUUGGGUCCUGUAGAUAGUAGUGCAACGUUCCCUAUUCAUAGAUCUGCGCCUGCCUUUAUCGAGUUAGAUACGAAAUUAUCCAUCUUUGAAACAGGUAUUAAGGUCGUCGAUCUUUUAGCUCCUUAUCGACGUGGAGGAAAAAUAGGACUAUUUGGGGGGGCUGGAGUAGGUAAAACAGUACUGAUCAUGGAAUUAAUCAAUAACAUUGCUAAAGCUCAUGGGGGCGUAUCCGUAUUCGGUGGAGUAGGGGAACGGACUCGUGAAGGAAAUGAUCUUUAUAUGGAAAUGAAGGAAUCCGGAGUAAUUAAUGAAAAAAAUAUUGAAGAAUCAAAGGUAGCUCUAGUCUAUGGCCAAAUGAAUGAACCACCGGGAGCUCGUAUGAGAGUUGGUUUAACUGCCCUAACUAUGGCAGAAUAUUUCCGAGAUGUUAAUAAGCAAGACGUGCUUUUAUUUAUCGAUAAUAUCUUUCGUUUUGUUCAAGCAGGAUCAGAGGUAUCCGCUUUAUUAGGGAGAAUGCCCUCCGCAGUGGGUUAUCAACCUACUCUUAGUACAGAAAUGGGUUCUUUGCAAGAAAGAAUUGCUUCUACUAAAAAGGGAUCUAUAACUUCGAUUCAAGCAGUUUAUGUACCUGCGGACGAUUUGACCGACCCUGCCCCUGCCACAACAUUUGCACAUUUGGAUGCUACUACCGUACUUUCCAGAGGAUUAGCUUCCAAGGGUAUUUAUCCAGCAGUAGAUCCUUUAGAUUCAACAUCAACUAUGUUACAGCCUCGGAUCGUUGGCAACGAACAUUAUGAAACUGCGCAAAGAGUUAAGGAAACUUUACAACGUUACAAAGAACUUCAGGACAUUAUCGCAAUUCUUGGCUUGGAUGAAUUAUCGGAAGAGGAUCGUUUAACUGUAGCAAGAGCAAGAAAAAUUGAGCGUUUCUUAUCACAACCGUUCUUUGUGGCAGAAGUUUUUACUGGUUCUCCAGGAAAGUAUGUUGCUCUUGCGGAAACUAUUAGGGGAUUUCAACUAAUCCUUUCCGGAGAAUUAGACGGCCUACCUGAACAGGCUUUUUAUUUGGUGGGUAACAUCGAUGAAGCUAGCACGAAAGCUAUAACCUUAGAAGAGGAGAACAAAUCGCAGAAAUGAAAUUAAAUCUUUAUGUACUGACUCCUAAGCGAAUUAUUUGGGAUUGUGAAGUGAAAGAAAUCAUUUUAUCCACGAAUAGUGGCCAAAUUGGCGUAUUACCAAACCACGCCCCUAUUAACACAGCAGUAGAUAUGGGUCCUUUGAGAAUACGCCUCCUCAACGACCAAUGGUUAACGGCGGUUCUGUGGAGCGGUUUUGCGAGAAUAGUUAAUAAUGAGAUCAUCAUUUUAGGAAAUGAUGCGGAACUGGGUAGUGAUAUUGAUCCGGAAGAAGCUCAAAAGGCACUUGAAAUAGCCGAAGCUAACUUGAGUAAAGCUGAGGGUACGAAAGAUUUGGUUGAAGCGAAGCUCGCUCUCAGACGAGCUAGGAUACGAAUCGAGGCUGUCAAUUGGAUUCCCCCAUCCAAUUGAAGACAAUCCAGUGGUUUAUAGUUGAUACAAAGAAAAAGGGAAGAGGGGUAGAAAAAGUUAUUAGAUAGCGAAGCGAAGUAAGUCCAAUGCUAUCUAGUAAUUUUUCUACCUACUUACCUACUAUUGGAUUUGAACCAAUGACUCCCGCCGUAUGAAAGCAAUACUCUAACCACUGAGUUAAGUAGGCAAUUUAUCACCACAAAGGAAGACCCAUUACUUCGAUCGAUUAUAUAUUGAAUCCCUUUUCUAAGCAAUACCGCUCUGUUAUUGGUCUGUUAUAUACUAAAUACUAAACUAAAUACUAAACAGAUACAGAUCAAAGGGAUAUCCUCUGGCAUUAGAAAAUAUUCAUCUUGACAAGAAAUUCUCUAUAUGUUAAGAUAUCUCUGAUAAGGGCUAUAGCUCAGUUCGGUAGAGCAACUCGUUUACACGUGCGCCAAUGCUUUUCAAAGGAGCUUAUUAUGCAAUGAACAUAAUCGAUCUUAUUGCAAAAUCAAUGUCUUACUUCAUAGAUUCGAGAGAAUAGGAGAACAGUAGCCUGACAAACAGUCGGUUCAGUCCGAUUCAGGUGCCAAUUCAGGUGCCUAAUCAAAUAGAACCCUUAUGGAUUUGCUAGUUGAUAAGGUAAAUAUCCAGCCCACUAAAUGCUAGGCGUAAUGAGGAUAAGGGCCUCCAAAAAACUUCUUUUCGUUCUAUGAACUUUAAGGUGUAUGAAGUCUCAUAGUUAACUCUUGCAGUGGAACGAUAGAGACUCCAUUUCACUUAGGUUGAUUUAAUUUAGACCAGAGGCAGACCUAAGUCAAGGUAAUCCUCCUUUGAAACACUUUGGUAUUGCUCCUAGAUAGAUCAUAAUACAAAAAAUCAAUCAGAGCACAGGGAGCCAUCUCAUUAUCUUUCCGUAAAGAAAAACUAUGGUGGACUAACUGAUCUUUAAAUCAGUUUAUGAAAGAGCCCAAUGCAAAAAAAUGCAUGUUGGGUCUUUGAAACAGUUCAAAUCAUUUCGAUAAUAAUCCGUUUGAUCUGUUUUACCGAGAAGGUCUACGGUUCGAAUCCGUAUAGCCCUAAUAUGCCCUUUUUUCUAUUUUAGGAUCUCUAUCCUAUGUUUUCUUUAGUUUAGUAUAGUUUUCAUUUUCGCAUUAGUAUUUGUUUAUAGACUGGAUAGGCGCCUGCGACAUAGAAUAGAGAUAAAAGCAUUACCAAAGGCUCAUUCAUCGAAAAUCAAAAUCAUACAGACAGGAAAAGAAAAACGAAAAAUAGAAAAAAUAAAGUAAAGAGUAAAUAAGAAAACAGAAUAUUCUGUCUCAUAGUUCUGAAAUAGAGUUCUUUAUUUUUAUUUUUAUAGUAUUACUUCUCAUUAUACUGCAUAGAUUAGUCCUACUAUCUUAAUUAGGUUCUAAUUAUUCUAAUUAGUAGUAUUCUCAUUUUUAUUUAAUAGUCUCUUAUUAUUAUUAAAUAGUAAAUAAAGGAUAGAGCUAUUCUUUUUUUAUAGAGAUUCUAGAGAAAGCGAGACAAAGUGAAACGAUAAAGUUUUCUUUAUAUAAGAAUUAGAUCUACAUACACCAUAUCUAAAUAGAAUGGAAAUCCAAAAGAAAGGGAGUUGGGAUUCCAUUGGAUGAAUCUUUAAAGAAGAUGCAGCACAGAGGAAACAAAGGCUAAACUAAGCGCUUUUGUUUGAACAAAAAAGAUUCUUGUUUCACCGAGGAAAAGAGAGAAGUUCUGGAUAAAUUGACAAUGCUGAAUUGAAUUGACUAAUUUAAGUUCCGCCUAUUCCACAUUAAUGGGAGUACAUUAUGUUUCUGCUUCACGAAUAUGAUAUUUUUUGGACAUUUCUAAUAAUAGCAAGCCUUAUUCCUAUUUUGGCAUUUUCGAUUUCAGGGCUUUUAGCCCCGGUUAGUGAAGGACCAGAGAAGCUUUCUAGUUAUGAAUCGGGUAUAGAACCCAUGGGAGGGGCUUGGGUACAAUUCCGAAUACGCUAUUAUAUGUUUGCGCUCGUUUUUGUUGUUUUUGAUGUGGAAACCGUCUUUCUAUACCCUUGGGCAAUGAGUUUCGACGUAUUGGGUGUAUCCGUUUUUAUCGAAGCUUUGAUUUUCGUGCUUAUCUUAGUUGUCGGUUUAGUUUAUGCAUGGCGAAAAGGAGCCUUGGAAUGGUCUUAACUGAAUAUUUAGACAAAAAAAAAGAAGGAAAAGAUUCUAUUGAGACAGUUAUGAAUUUGAUUGAGUUUCCCUUACUUGACCAAACAAGUUCCAAUUCUGUUAUUUCAACUACACUAAAUGAUCUUUCGAAUUGGUCAAGACUCUCCAGUUUAUGGCCCCUUCUAUACGGUACCAGUUGUUGUUUCAUUGAAUUUGCUUCAUUAAUAGGUUCACGAUUCGAUUUUGAUCGUUAUGGAUUGGUACCAAGAUCAAGUCCUAGGCAAGCAGACCUAAUUUUAACAGCCGGUACGGUAACAAUGAAAAUGGCUCCGUCUUUAGUGAGAUUAUACGAGCAAAUGCCUGAACCAAAAUACGUCAUUGCUAUGGGAGCCUGUACUAUUACAGGGGGAAUGUUCAGUACGGAUUCCUAUAGUACUGUUCGGGGAGUUGAUAAGUUAAUUCCUGUGGAUGUCUACUUGCCGGGCUGCCCUCCUAAACCGGAGGCAGUUAUAGAUGCCCUAACAAAACUUCGUAAGAAGAUAUCGCGAGAAAUAGUUGAGGAUCGAACUCUAUCUCAAAAUAAAAAAAGAUGUUUUACUACCAGUCACAAGCUUUAUGUUAGGCGCAGUACUCAUACAGGAACUUAUGAGCAAGAAUUGCUCUAUCAAUCACCAUCGACAUUAGAUAUAUCUUCUGAAACUUUUUUAAAAUCCAAAAGUCCAGUACCUUCCUACAAAUUAGUGAAUUAGGAGGGGGGGGCUCUUUUGUGUAGAAAAAGAAAAAGCAGAGCAAUCUUUCAAACUUGCAUCCGAAAUGGGAAAUAUUUAUACAAAGAGGGAGAGAUGAAGACAAUGCAGCAGGGUUGGUUAUCUAAUUGGCUAGUCAAACAUGAGGUGGUUCAUAGAUCUUUGGGCUUUGAUCACCGAGGAAUAGAGACUUUACAAAUAAAAGCAGGGGAUUGGGAUUCCAUUGCUGUCAUUUUAUAUGUAUAUGGUUAUAAUUAUUUACGCUCCCAAUGUGCUUAUGAUGUAGCACCCGGUGGAUCUUUAGCUAGCGUGUAUCAUCUUACAAGAAUACAAUACGGUAUAGAUAAUCCAGAAGAAGUCUGCAUAAAAGUCUUUGCCCAAAAGGAUAAUCCUAGAAUUCCGUCUGUCUUCUGGAUUUGGAGAAGUGCCGAUUUUCAAGAACGCGAAUCUUAUGAUAUGGUGGGAAUCUCUUAUGAUAAUCAUCCGCGCCUUAAACGUAUCCUAAUGCCUGAAAGUUGGAUAGGCUGGCCCUUACGUAAGGACUAUAUAACCCCCAAUUUUUAUGAAAUACAAGAUGCUCAUUGAAUGAUAAGAAAUUCGUGCUCACUUAUACAACACAACUCCAGAUUUUAUUCAAGUCAAGGAAUAUUUUUAGGUUCUUUUCCUAGAUGAAACGGAAUACCUAUUUAUAAUUAAUUCCUAUUAUACAAAAGCAUUCCAGAUAGACUGAGCCAAAAAAGGGUUUCAUUUGGAUUCCCCUAUUUUGAAAAUCACAUAUUAAUUUCCUUCAUAUGAACAGAAAAAUAGGAUGACUCAAAGAAGUUCUCUACCAGGAACUUUGUAUCGCGCACAUGACUUAGCACAACUAGGAAAAUAAGAUAAGAUAAAGAUAAGCAAGACUAAAAAAAUAUUCGUCGGAAUAGUGGAAUACAAAAUAAAGAAACGCAAAAAAAUAAAGGGGAACCUAAUCUCACCCCCUUCCUUAUCAUAAAGAAAGGGUAUAUUUUAAAACUUCUCUAAAAAGAAGUGCCUCUAUAUUUAUAUUAUAGAUUUAUCCACUUAGAUGAAUAAAUCAUACUCUAUCUAUAUUAUAUAUUAUUAAUAAAUAUGUAUCACAAUCCAUCUCGAGGUAUUUGGAUCAAUACCUAUUCGGUGGAUCUUUUUUUUUCUCUGCCAGGAACCAGAUUUGAACUGGUGACACGAGGAUUUUCAGUCCUCUGCUCUACCAACUGAGCUAUCCUGACCUUUUCUUGUGCAUCAUCCUAGUAGAGUAUUUGUAUCUAUGUCAAUUAAAAGGACUAAAAAAUCAAUUAAAGUAUUUCAAAUUCAAAAUUUGAAAGGGGGGGGGUAGCCCUAUGCAUUGUGCAUGGUUUACUUAAAUAAUACUUAAAAAUAGAGUGAAUAACCAAGAUUUCUUGCCGAUACUCUAAUAAAAAAGAAAUCUAUUCAAUGAAUAGGAUAAGAUCCAUUGAGUUCUCUUCGCAUUCCUUUCCUUUGUGAAAGAGUAGAAUGAGAAAGCUAAUGAAUCUUAAACCCAUUGAUAAAAAGAAAAAAAAAGAGGAUUUGGGGAUAGAGGGACUUGAACCCUCACAACUUAAAAAGUCGACGGAUUUUCCUUUUACUAGAAAUUUCAUUGUUGUCAGUAUUGACAUGUAGAAUGGGACUCUCUCUUUGUCCUCGUCCGAUUAAUCCACUUUCUUUUUAAAAGUUCUCAAAACUUUGAAUUUGAAUUGAAGAAUUUGAUUAUUCAAUAUUCGAAUGGAGUGGAUUCACAAUAAUUCAAAAUAAAAUUAUGAUAUGAGUUUUUUAUUUCAUAAUCAUUUCGAAUUUUAUUUUGAAAUUUUAAAAAAGAUAAAGAACCUAUAUUAUAAUAUGAGUUCUGUGAUUAAUCGUUUGCUAUGUCAGUAUCUAUACGUGUUUAUUAAAUGUAUAAAGUAUAAAACCCCUCUUUCUCUAAUUUAGAAUUAGAAGGAAUUCCACUAACAACACAACGUAAUUAACUCGAUUCGUUAGAACAGCUUCCAUUGAGUCUCUGCACCUAUCCUUUUCCUUUGUAUUCUAGUUCGAGAAUCCCUUCUCAAAACACGGAUUUGGCUCAGGAUUGCCCUUUUUUAAUUCCAGGGUUUCUCUGAAUUUGGAAGUUACCACUUAGCAGGUUUCCAUACCAAGGCUCAAUACAAUCAAGUCCGUAGCGUCUACCGAUUUCGCCAUAUCCCCACUUCCCUCUUCUUUGAGACCAGGAUUCCUUGUGUAAUUUCAUCCAUCUCUUAGUUUUUUUUUUGAAUCAUUGAGUUCAUCACUCAACGUAGUCUAGCAGUUCAGUUCGACUCUAUUUGAGAGACCCCGCUUGCUUAUUGCAAUUCUGAAUUACAUUGAUUCUAUCCUUGAUGUAUUUGCAAUUCAAUCCGAAUCAAUAUAUCCAAAACUUUUUAUCUCCCCCACCUCCCGUCUUACUUUUUUAUAGUAUUCGAAAUUAUACUAUAACGCUGGAUAUUUAUUCUUUUUUUCUAAUCAGAAUUAUCAAUUUUAUUUACUCUGACUUUAUGUUCCCCUUAGUGAAAUAUUAAUCCUCAAAUUAUUAACAAAUAAUAAAGUCUAUAAUGAUCGAAUGAAAAUACCCAUAAAGUCUAUAAUUUUCUUUUUAAAUAUCCUAUAGUUAAGCAUAUCAAGCUAACUUUAUCUUUAAGAAGUUUUAGUAUUUUUUUAUUUAGUAUUUUUUUAUAAGUAGAACUUCAAAUUUAGAACUAGUUAAUAGCUAAGAGUAAUAACUAAUAUCUGAGAUUUUACGGAUUUCCUAUACUAUACCUAUUUCUAUUUGUUACACUAUUUCCGUUAUGUAAGCCCACUUAGCUCAGAGGUUAGAGCAUCGCAUUUGUAAUGCGAGGGUCAUCGGUUCAAAUCCGAUAGUCGGCUUUUUUUUUCUCUAUCGAUGUUCUACGAACAAGAAUCUCUUUUUUUCCGAAUUAAAUGGAGAAUCCAGGAUCUUUUAUGUUUUUUACCUUACUAUUUUGCUAGAUACAAAACAAUAAAAUAAAUAAUAUAUAUACAAAAAAUACAAAAAAUACAGAUUUUGAUGAAAUUCCAUUUUUUGUGGUACUUUAGUUGAUUUUACUCUGUUUAUCCUGUAGUUUAAUUCAGUUUUAAUUUCGAUGUAUUCUGUAAUGUAAAUACAAUGAAAUUAAUUGUGUAAAAUGAAAUUUCAAUAAAAAAAAGGAGUCUUCAUGUCCCGUUAUCGAGGACCUCGUUUAAAAAAAAUACGCCGUUUGGGAGCUUUACCAGGACUCACUAGAAAAACACCUAAAUCCGGAAGUAAUCUUAAAAAAAAAUUCAAUUCUGGGAAAAAGGAGCAAUAUCGUAUUCGUCUUCAAGAAAAACAGAAAUUGCGUUUUCAUUAUGGUCUGACAGAACGACAAUUACUUAGAUAUGUACAUAUCGCUGGAAAAGCAAAAAGGUCAACAGGCCAGGUUUUACUACAAUUACUUGAAAUGCGUUUGGAUAAUAUCCUUUUUCGAUUGGGUAUGGCUUCAACCAUUCCUGGGGCCCGCCAAUUAGUCAACCAUAGACAUAUUUUAGUUAAUGGCCGUAUAGUCAAUAUACCAAGUUUUCGUUGCAAACCCCGAGAUAUUAUUACUACGAAAGAUAACCAAAGAUCAAAAGGUCUGGUUCAAAAUUAUAUUGCUUCAUCGGACCCGGGGAAAUUGCCAAGCCAUUUGACGAUUGACACAUUGGAAUAUAAAGGACUAGUAAAUAAAAUCCUAGAUAGGAAGUGGGUCGGUCUCAAAAUAAAUGAGUUGUUAGUUGUAGAAUAUUACUCUCGUCAGACUUGAACUUAAUGAAAAAAGGAAAGGUUCAUAGAAUUUUCUUCCCCUUCCCCUUUCCCCGAACUAAAUAGCCCUAAGACCAUUACCAUUAAUUCGUAUUUUCCCAUCAACUAGCUAAAAUUGAUUAACCCUAGGAUUAGGAUCCUUUUUGCUUUUUUCCUCUAUGUUUACAUACCACAGUAAUUUGCUAUAGAGAAUUUUUAAUUUCUAUUAAAUAAAAAUAAGAUAAUAUAAGAUAUUAUUACUGGAAUAAAUUGCUAUUUGAUUUGAUACAUUGUGAUCCUUAACGUUGAUGAAUUAAGAAAAACGGAAAGAGAGGGAUUCGAACCCUCGGUAAACAAAAGUCUACAUAGCAGUUCCAAUGCUACGCCUUGAACCGCUCGGCCAUCUUUCCUACAUAACUUAUUAUGGAAAAUAAACUGAGUGAAUAGCGAGUUUUCUUAUUCCUGCAGUACAGGUACAACCGCAACCGCUCGGGGGUUCCCUAGUUCUAUUGGAAAAAUUCCUUUUGAUCUAGGUGGAAGGAUACAGGAUUUUUUACUAGAAAUUGCGCUCGCUAUAAAAUAAAAGUUUUAAUUUAGGUUUUCCCGCAACUAAA